ACCUAGUAUAUUCAAAAUCAAAUGAACAAUAUUCGCGAAAAUCUUAGAAAUAGUACAUUGUGCACCAAGGGAGAAAAGUAGGUAGCAAACACGCGAUGCACAUACUAUUUUUUCUCCUACCAGGCCGAAAGUUCGUGGAGUAUCGAGUCGGGGUCCAGGGGCGAAGCCCUGGCCGUCGGUAGGGGGGCGGAGCCCCCCCCAUACUCAUAAAAAAACAAUUUACCAGUUUUUUUAUUUUUAAAUAAACUACUACUAAUUGAAUAAGAAUUGUCUGAUGAACUCAUCUUUGUUUAAUACUUCACUAUUAAAUUUUAUUGCCUUUUAUUUAUUUCACUUUUACACUUAACACAAUAUUGCAAAUUACCCGAGCAGAACAAUGGCGGAGAAUUUUAGGUGCGUGAGAGCAUACGUAGACACUAACGCGCAUGCGCACUUGUCAGUCAGUACACAGGGAGGAAAAGUUACACUUUUUUCCCUGUACAGCGGGAGGAAAAGUUAGACUUCCUUCCCUGUUACAGCGGGAGGAAAACCGAACUUUCGGCGUAGGUAGGAGAAAAAAAAAUUAUAGGUGCCUCUAUGCAUUUUUAAUUUACUGUAUCAGUAUCGUUUGCUAGAAAGUUUCCGCAGCAUUUCGAUUCGUCAUAUUUUUAAUGGUUUUAAUUAAAUGAUACAUAAUAAUAAUGUAAUGUAUGUGUAAAGUUGUGAUGUGAUGACGUGUAGUACAAGUUCAUUGACAUUUGUUUUUAUGAUACUAACAGAUUGUUUAUAAUUUCGGAUGGGUAGACGAGCUCACAGCCCACCUGGUGUUAAGUGGUUACUGGAGCCCAUAGACCAUCUACAAUGUAAAUGCGCCACCCACCUUGAGAUAUAAGUUCUAAGAUCUCAAGUAUAGUUUUACAACAGUUGCCCCACCCUUCAAACCGAAACGCAUUAAUUAGUGCUUCACGGCAGAAAUAGGCGGGAUGGUGGUACCUUCCCGUGCGGAUUCACAAGAGGUCCUACAAUCAGUAAUUGCGCAAAUUAUAUAUUAAUUUAGCGGGUUUGAUAUUUAUUACACGAUGUUAUUCCUUCACCGUGGAAGUCAAUUGUGAACAUUUGUUGAAUACGUAAUUCAUUUUAAAAAUUGGUAUCCGCCUGCGGGAUUCGAACACCGGUGCAUCGCUCAACACGAAUGAACCGGACGUCUUAUCCUUUAGGCCACGGCGACUUUCAUAAUUGGAGCAAUGUAAGCAAUUUUAAUUCCACUAAAUUUGUCUUUAAUCACGAAGUAAAGUAACGUAGGAUUUUAGCGUUUCUUUUACUAAUGUCUGUAGCGAACGAUCACUUUAAUGGUCGUCCCGUAAAUUCUAACUUCCAAUUUUGCUGCAAUGUUGUCUGCUUUGUAUGUCAAUCCCAAAUUCUUCUUCUUCUUCGUCACUUUCUUCAUUGCUGAAAGUCGUGUCCCUGAAACUUGACCGUUGCCUGUCUCGUGAGCUGUUUCCAUCUCGUCCGGUCCUCAGCUGCUCGAAUGGCGGUUGCAACCCAGUUAGAGCGGUUACUUGAUCACACCAACGGCUAGGUAAUCGGCCGCGGGGUCUCUUUCCUUUUACUUUGCCCGUCACAAUCACUUUGUCCAAGUCAAUCAAUCCCAACACUUACUUACUAUUACUACCGUGAAGACGUAAUGCGUUUCGGUUUGAAGGGUGGGGUAGCCGUUGUAACUAUACUGAUACCUUAGAACUUAUAAUAUCUCAAGGUGGGUGGCGCAUUUACGUUGUAGAUGUCUAUAGGGUCCAGUGACCACUUAACACCAGGUGGGCUGUGACCUCAUCCACCCAUGAAAGCAAUAAAAAAAGGGUGCGUGUACUUAUGUACGCGCGUAAGAAGUUAUUCUUUAUUUUUAUUAAAUUUAUUUCUUUUUUUUUAAGUAUUUAAUAAUUAAUAAUAAAUAUUUAACGUUAAUAAUUUAAUAAUAUGAAUUAUAUUAAAUAAUAAUUUUGUCAUUUAUAUUACUAAAUAAUACAUACGGAUAGUUAACCUCAAUUGUAUUGGAGCACUUAGGAAGGUUGAUGAGCAGAGUUUUUUCACAAAUAUUUUCUAAUAUUAAUUAGUAUUGAUUUAAAUAUUCAAUUUAAAUCAUUUCUGAUUAUAAUUCAGACGCACAUAUAAAAUUCGCACUUGUAUAAUGAAAACAAAAUGAAAACACGUGUUUUAAAUGUAGAAACUCAAAGCAUGUGGAUAAAUAUUAUAAAUAUAAAUACACAGUGAACCAAGGCGGCGUGCGUGCCAACAUGCGCCACUAACAGAGGUUCUAUUUCUGUUUUGUUCUUCUUUUUUUUUAUUGCUUAGAUGGGUGGACGAGCUCACAGCCCACCUGGUGUUAAGUGGUUACUGGAGCCCAUAGACAUCUACAAUGUAAAUGCGCCACCCACUGUUAAGUAUGUGUGCGUGUGCCUACGCAUACGGGGUAUUUCAACAAAUAUAGGUCAGUGUGUUAACAGCAGGCAAGUGUUUCACUCGUGUAUCCCUCGUAUCUAACAGUGGCGACGAAAUACGAACCUACCCCGUUUUGUACAAAUUAACAAAAAAUGUCCGGUGCAAUGUUCGGAUUAUUAUCCAGUUUUGACCACAAUCUGCAGUCAUGGGAAACGUACAAAUGCAGAAUUUCUCAGUGGUUCGUAGCUAACGACAUUAGCAGAACAAGUGAUCCUGCAGGGAUAAAAAGACGAGCGAUAUUGCUGAGCGCACUCACGGACGCCACGUACAAAUUAGCAGCGGACCUCGCGGUGCCGAAGACGUUGACCGAUGUUCCAUAUGAAGACAUACUCCGACUAUUGGACGAUCAUUUUACUCCCAAGCGUUGUGGUUUCGGCGAACGUUAUAAAUUUUACGUGGCGGUACAACAAGAAGACGAGACCUACCCUCAAUGGGCGGCCAGGUUGCGCGGGCUGACCGGGCAUUGUGGGUUUGCCAACGUGGAGGAAGCUCUCAGAGACCGAUUCGUUAUGGGGAUGUUACCAGGACCUGAACGAGAAAAGUUAUUUGCACAGGAUCUAACGGCCCUAUCGCUGGCUAAGGCGGUUGAAAUGGCAGAAAGCGUGCGCAGCGCGCGAGUUGGAGCAACCACUGCAGCAGUACAGGUCGCAACACACGAUCAGCUGUUCAAGAUGACGCAAUCGACGGCGGCAGGCCGGUCGGGGGCGCUUCGGCUGAAGGAUGGCGGCAAUAAAGUGCAGUGUCAAGUGUGCGGUUAUCGUAAUCAUGAUACGUCUCAGUGUCGGUUCGCUAAAUUAAAAUGCAAAAAGUGCAAUGUCACGGGGCACCUACGUAGGAUGUGCAAAAAAAUUAAUUACCUGGAGGCAAAUGUGGUGGAUGACGGCGAUGACGAUGGUGAAUGUUUUAAUAUUAGGUCUGUUAAAGGGGAAGCCAUGACAGAGACGGUGACGAUUUCGGGGGUCGAAUUAAAAUUCGAAAUAGAUAGCGGGUCGGCCGUUACUGCGAUUUCUGAACAGACAUACAGAAAAUAUUUUAACAAUGUACCAUUGUCUAAAACAAAAAAACGAUUAUUUUCAUAUACGGGUAAUAGUAUUAUUUGUAUUGGAGUAGUACAAUUACAGGUCAGUUAUGCGAAUGAAUCACAUUUACUAUAUGUUUGCGUCAUACGAGACGGAGGGCCGCCAAUUCUCGGUUGCGAUUUCAUUUCUAAGUUUAAGUUAGAAUUAUUGCCGAUACAAUAUUGUAAACAAGUAGAUGAAAACAAUAUAAUUAACGCGUUGCAAUCUCGUUAUCCUAUGGUUUUUUCCGAUAAAUUAGGUUCGUUUAACAAAUUUAAAGUUAAAUUACAUUUAAAGGAAGAUGCAAAACCGGUUUUUAUUAGAGCGCGACCAUUAGCUUUCGCUUUAAAAGACAAAGUAGAUAAGGAAAUAGAUCGUUUGGUGGCGGCCGGAGUAUUAAAACAAGUUGACCACGCGCGGUAUGCGUCACCAAUCGUACCGGUAUUAAAGCGGAAUGGUUCCGUACGUAUUUGUGCAGAUUAUUCGACGGGCGUAAACAAACAGUUAGUUGUUGACCAGUACCCUUUGCCGACGAUAACUGAACUUUUUACUAGGUUGUAUGGUGGACAACAGUUUAGUAAACUGGAUUUAUCUAGUGCGUACAAUCAACUCGUGUUAGAUGAGGAAUCACAGGAAUUAACUUGUAUAAAUACUCACAGGGGAGUUUACAAGCAUACCCGCCUUUGCUUUGGCUUGGCCAGUUCACCGGCUAUUUUUCAACGCGCUAUCGAAUGCGUGCUGGCUGGCGUGCCCGGCACGUUGUGCCUGUUAGACGAUAUUUUAAUAACCGGGAAAAAUAAAACUGAACAUUUGCUACGAUUACAUCAAGUACUGCAGAGAUUACAAGACGCGGGUUUGACCCUUCAAAGGGAAAAGUGUGAAUUUUUCAAGGACGAUAUUAAUUACUUAGGGUAUGUAAUCAAUAAAGAUGGCCUUCAUAAGUCGCCAGAGAAAAUUAGGGCGAUGACUGAUGCGCCGGUUCCGACUAAUGUUAAGCAGUUGCAAUCAUUUUUAGGGUUAAUUAAUUAUUACAGAAGUUUUGUUCCUAAUGCGUCUGCAAUUUUAAAGCCGUUAUAUGAGCUUUUAAAAAAAGGAAAUAAAUGGUACUGGGGACAUGAACAUGAGGACGCUUUUAACGCGAUUAAAAAAUGUUUGGCGUCGGAUCAAGUAUUAGCUCAUUUUAAUCAUAACGCGACCAUCAUUUUAACUGUCGAUGCUUCGCCGUCAGGUCUUUCGGCCAUUUUAUCUCAGAUAGAACCAAACGGGUCUGAGCGACCGGUCUCGUUUGCGUCGCGAACCCUAAAUGCUGCUGAGAAACGUUAUUCUCAGAUCCAAAAGGAAGCCACCGCCAUUAUUUUUGGAGUUAGGCGUUACCACCAGUACCUAUAUGGCAGGGCGGUUCCCUUUAUCUUACGCACAGACCAUAAGCCACUCUUAUCGAUUUUUGGCCCUUGUCGAGGUAUACCAGAAGUUUCUGCGAACAGACUUCAGAGGUAUGCGAUGUUUUUAAGUAGCUGUAAUUAUAGAAUUGAAUAUGUUCGUAGCACAGACAACACCGCAGACUUCUUAUCGCGCGCCAGCCUAGGAGAGGCGGGGACAGCCGCGGAGGGCAGGGACAGUGUAGAUGCUAUGAUACCCGAUUUGGAUAGAGCUUCUUAUAUAAAUUUUGUUGUGGAAGGAAUUCCGUACACACUCUGACUGGGGUUUCGCCCGCAGAGCUUGUUUACGGUAGAAAACUCAGAAUGCGUCUGGAUCAAAUUAUACCUGAGUCGUCAUCGCCCUCAUCCACAGCUCUUGCUGAUGUCGUUAAAUUUAAACAGUGUUCGCAAAAUAAGACCAAAGUAAAUAAAAAACAACGUUUUAUCAAGGGAGAUUUUAUUCUAUAUAAAAAGCAUACGGUCAACGGAAAGUUAUUUGGUGCAAAGGCUUCAUUGAAAAGACAAUUGGGAAGGUGUUGUACUUAGUCAAAGACUGUAAGUCUUCCUUGUUAUUUAAAAAACACCAAAAUCAACUAAUACCUUAUAAGGGUACCGAUUGCAGUAUUCACGAAUACAAAGAUGUGGAUGUAGAACCGGUUUCAAGGAGAGGCAAUUUGUCAGCAGAAGAACAAUCAUCCUCGAAUGAAGUGACUCCGAUAGACACAGGGGACGAGGAAGAGGACAGGUCUGGGAUGGAGGGCAGCUCAGAAAGGGGGGAAGCUACCAAUUCUAAUGCUUGUGAUGAUAGUAGUUUACCGGUCGAAGUACCUCUCAUCACGUCACCGUCGCCGCAGCGGCAAGGUGUCGAGUUAGCAGAAGAGGAGGAUGAAUUUCUUGAGGCCCUACCAGACCCGUCUGUCGAAGAAGGCUCUGAUGGCAUACCCGCACGACAAAACGCCAGCAGACCUGAGUUUACAUCACGGAAUAAACGCAAUCGGCCUAGGGUUAACUAUAAGCAGUUUUUUUAGUAUAAGUUUCUUUUUAAGUUUAGUAUAAUCUUUUGUUUUGUUUAGAGUAGUUAUGUACAUAUUAUAUCUAAGCUAAGGGGAGGAAUGUUAAGUAUGUGUGCGUGUGCCUACGCAUACGGGGUAUUUCAACAAAUAUAGGUCAGUGUGUUAACAG